UCACCCUCCUCGUCUCCCUUCACUCCGCACCUCUCUGGCAGCGCUCACGCCCUCAUCCGCGCGCCAUGUCACGGCACGCCUCCUCCUCCCGCCUGCCCGGUUCGCCGCGCUCCACGAGCAUCUACAGCAGCGCCAGCACCGCGUACGGCACGCCGCUCAGCGGCGGUGGCUAUUCGCGCACGCUCUCGGAGCGCGGUGCCGCUGCCACCACUGCUACUGCGCCGAGCACCGCCGGCGAAGGCAGCGUGCGCGGCAGCGGUAGCGGAAGCAAGUAUGCGACGCCGCAGAAGGAGAGAGAGGGCGGUGGGACAGAGAAGCGCAAGUUUGCGCGCGUCACUCAGAAGACUUUCUUGAGGGGAGAGGUGUCGAGUGAAGGGGCUAGGUAUACGCUGUUUCUCAAGAUCAUGCUGCCUACAUCCGCACGCUCAGUCACCUACUCUCUCUUUCCCGACACCGACGUUCGGCUGCUCAGCUCCUCCAUCUCUGCGCUGACUCCCAGCGGCGCCGCACCCGCUCUGGAUGCGCCUGCCGCGCGAGCCGCCGCACAUCUUGGGCUAGCAGUCGGGACCGACAGCUUCGACUCUUCACAGCAAGAAGCGAGCCUGCCAAAGGUGUCGAUCAGCAACUUCUGCGUCUGCCUCGUCAUGCCUGCGAUGCCGAAUGUACAGCAGGAGGAGAGGAGAGGGUAUCUCGUCACACUGCAUCUCUCCGCUUCACUCGCAUCACAGCCGCCUCGCGCGCCUUACCUCGUCAAACUACCAGUCCCCCUCUGUCUCAACAACUCUCUCGACCUGACGCUUUCCGACUCCAUUCAUUCCUCCGGCAUCAUCAUCGCCGAGCUCGACCCGCCACUGGUGCGCCGCGAGCAGCGCGCGGUAGCAGGCGAAGAGGCAGCAUCGAGCGAAGCACAUGUCCUUGCGGGCCGCUUUCCGGCGGCGGAAUGCGUCGCUGUUCGUUGGAGUAAGGAGGUGGAUGAAGGGAUGAAGUUGCCGGAGUGGGCCGAACGAGCAACAAGGAGAAGCAACGUCGAACUGAGCGCGAUUGGACUCGAUCGACUCGACACUCAACUCCGCUUCUCGACGUUCCACUCUCCGCCGGAAGGGCUGCAAGAUGGCGAAGUAGCGCUCGAUGUCGAACUGCAAGCCGACUUGGUCGGGCCGUACUUUACGGGGCUGGAGCAUGAAGCCGCUCUCGCACUCUCGCUCGAUUCCUUCAGUCAAGCGGUUCGAUGGCUCGAUCUCGAGAUCCUGGGCGGGAGCGAAAUGCUUCGUUGGCUGCCUAGCGAGCCCGCGUCCGAUCUCUCUUCCUCUCGACCCGUCUCGAUCGCUUCCAGCUCUUCUUCUCUCUCCCUCGGCAAAGCAAGCGGAGGCGGCAAGCAUUCGUCGGACGACUCGCUCGUGCUCGAAGACCUACAUGGCGCCUUGAUGGACGCGGCUCCUCCGCGAGGCUUGAACGACGUGGAUGUCAGCUUCGACGAAGGCGGUCUCGACUCGAGCAAGAGGAAGCGGAGACACAGCAUCGGUAGCGCUGUUCUUGCUGCAGCUGCUGCUCAGGAGGCUGCAUCGCUCGCAUCGAAAGAAGCACCGGCGGUCGUCGCAGACUCGAGCGAGGGUCAAAGUGUCGCAGUCCAAGGCGUCGUGCUAGUAUUCGACGUCGUGAAGCUUUGCGCGCCAGACGCAGCUGCGCCGCAAGAGCCUCAGGGCUUCACACUCAAAGGCACUCUCAUCGUCUCUGCGCAGCCGGAGCCAGCGGAGGGAGCAAGUCACUUCACGAUGCCGCUCUUUCGUGCGCCGAACAUCGAGAUGCACACUUGCGGCGUCAUGAUUGCUCCGCCAAUGCAGGGCGCACCUUCACUCCGCGUCGUGCGUCGGCCACGAGGAUGCGUGGUGCCUCGAGCUGCAGGCGUCAGCGGGCGAGAGACCGAGCAGGCGAGCUUUUCUCUCGCGCUGUCUCCUCGCAGUUCGAGUGGGCAGCAAGAGGAAGCAGAAGCGUGUCUUUUAGCUGUGCAGGCCGCACCUACAGCCGCAGUCGCAGCAGUUCGAGCAGGCUCAACGAGCCCAGAAGAGCGUUCGCGCACCUUCACAUUCGACGAGGACCUCUCGACUGCUUCAGCCGUGUCGACAGCUACGAUUCUGCGGCACUUGGCGCCGCUGCCUGCUUCUGCGUCUGCGCGUGCAAGGGCCGGCUCAAGCCUUCUCGCGGCAGUCGGCGGCGGGAUCAGUGCCGAAGCAAGCCUGCACGUCUGGCUCGAGCCUCUCGCUCCCUCUUCUUCGUCGAGCUCGAGCGUCGCAGUCGCGCGCGCAGUCUUCACCUGCGAGGGCGCGUGGCCCAGUGCACUCAGCGACGAAGAGACGCACGGCACGCUCCUCGAGGCCUUCCUACUUCGGCUACCGCCCGGCUCCGAAGUGCUAUACAGCAGUUUGAACGGCCGUAUCACACAACCCGACGUACAGCAGACGCGGCCGGAUGCGCACUGCAUGCUGGAGUUCGCACUGCCGGACGGACUCGUCGAUCAUCCGGCUACGCUGUUGCCGCGAUGGAGAGUACUCUUCGCAGCAGAUGUGGCUGCAGCAAUGCAGCUGCCGAUGCUCUCGUGUAGCGUGGCACAGCUCUGCGUUGAAGUGCAGCAGACGAGCACGCUCAAGUUCACACUUUCAAGCCCAGACUUGUCGCUCGUCGACGCCACGAGUGCCACAGGAAGCGUGUUCAGGGCACACAUGCUUCCCGCUGUGGCCUCGCGCGCGCUCGAGCUCACAGCGCCGCCGAGCACGACGCUCGAUCUCGACCUCAUCACGCCUCGGUCCCUCGAGCUCGCUGCGCCACAGCCCAUCGAACUUGUGCCGGGCACGCUCGCUUCUCGCUCACGCGCCGCCAGCGUUGCCCUCAAGGCGCAGACACCGCCUGCGACACCCCGAAGCUGGCUGGUACGCCACAGCGGCAUGCUUUGCGCUUUCGCUGUGGCGCUCCUGCUGCUCUUCAGCGUCAGCGCACUACACGAGCGUCUCGACGCCGUUAGUGCACGUCUCGAGACGCUCGGCUUGGCGCUUGACACGGUGCCACAGCAAGGCACAUGGCAUCCCUCGCCCGUAGAGGCGGCCGACGAGGCCUUGGAGUUGGCCAACGAUGCCGCUUCGCACGCGGCGAUGCCCAGUGCGUCACUCGUGCCGCCUCCGAGUCCGAUCCCGCUCGCCACGCCCACAGCCGCCGCCGAGCCAUCGUCGCUGAGCGUGCUACGCGUCGUCUCUACGCCCAUGGCAUUGCUCGCGAUGCUGCUGCGUCCUUUCAGGCGGCUACUGCGAAUGUCAUGACUUUCGCCCUGAGAGGCACCGCAUCACUCGUCAUCAUGCCUGUGCUUGUGGCGGUACGGCAGCGUCAGGCUUCAGCUCGACAGUCCAGCAGAAGGGCUGGUCCGUUGAGACGCCGAUGCGUCCAUCGGGCGACGCGAGGUGGUUGGACGUCGAGAGGAAGCCGCCGAUCUGG